AUGAUACACUGUCAGAACUGGCAGAAACCCCUCGCGGUAUUCGUUUACUUUUUUAUUUCUCUUUCCUCUUUCGUCAAUGGGCAAUCUGACUUGAAUGUUAAGGAUAUUGGAGCCCAGGCUUUUGCAUUCAACCUUGGCGGAGUCAAAUUGACCCAAGACCGCUUCCUGGAAAACCAGGGCCGUACCCUGAAUUAUUUGAAAGAGAUAGACGUCGACAGGCUACUUUAUGUUUUCCGGACGACCCACGGACUAUCUACACAGCAGGCAACGCCUAAUGGUGGCUGGGAUUCUCCGGAUUUCCCGUUCCGUUCGCAUGUCCAGGGUCAUUUCCUCACUGCCUGGGCUCAAUGUUAUGCUGUACUCCGUGACCAAACAUGCUAUGACCGAGCGAUCUACUUUGCCGCCGAGCUGGCAAAAUGUCAAGCCAACAACAAGGCUGCUGGUUUCACGGACGGAUAUUUAUCUGGCUUCCCUGAAUCAGAGUUUGCAAAGCUCGAGAACCACACCCUGGCAAACGGCAAUGUCCCUUAUUACGCGGUACACAAGACCCUUGCAGGUCUUCUUGAUGUCUGGCGCUUGACAAACGAUACUACUUCUCGAGACGUCUUACUGUCCUUAGCUAGCUGGGUUGACAAACGCACUGAAUCAUUCAGUUACGGUGCAAUGCAGGAGUUAUUACAAACAGAAUUUGGCGGUAUGAACGAGGUGUUGGCCGACAUCUAUCAUCAAACUGGUAAUGAGAGAUGGCUUACCGUUGCUCAACGAUUUGAUCAUGCUGCCAUAUUCGACCCCCUUGCGGCCAACAAAGAUCAGCUUGACGGUCUACAUGCGAACACUCAAGUACCAAAGUGGAUUGGGGCUGCUCGCCAGUAUAAAGCCACUGGAGAAUCUCGCUACCUUGAUAUUGCCCGCAACGCCUGGGAAAUCACUGUCGGAUCACACACGUACGCCAUCGGUGGUAACAGUCAAAGCGAACACUUCCAUGGUCCAAAUGCCAUCGCUGCUUGGCUUGACAAUGACACAUGUGAAGCGUGCAAUUCGUAUAACAUGCUCAAGCUUACCCGCGAGCUAUGGCUUCUUGAUUCCGAGACCUCAAAAUAUUUUGAUUUCUACGAAACCGCCUUACUCAACCACCUGUUAGGCCAACAGAACCCUGCCGAUCACCAUGGCCACACCACUUAUUUCACCCCCCUCAGCGCUGGAGGUCGCCGCGGUGUGGGUCCUGCCUGGGGUGGUGGUACUUGGAGUACGGACUACGACUCAUUCUGGUGCUGUCAAGGAACGGCACUCGAAACAAAUACCAAGUUGAUGGAUUCAAUCUACUUUUACAAUGACUCGACCUUGUUUGUCAACUUAUUCAUGUCUUCUGUCCUGGAAUGGCCGGAGAAGGGCAUUACCUUAAAACAAUCUACGACUUAUCCAGUCGGAGAUGAAUCAAAACUGGAAGUUUCCGGCCAUGGUCACUGGAAAAUGAACAUCCGCAUCCCUACAUGGGCAUCAAGCGCAGAGCUGACCCUCAAUGGGGAAGCUUUGCCUGAUGUUAAAGCUACUCCGGGAACGUACGCUCAAAUCUCACGAGAAUGGGCCGAUGGAGAUGUCGUUGAAAUCCGCUUCCCAAUGACUCUGCGUACAGUGGCUGCAAAUGACAAUUCAAGCAUGGUUGCUAUUGCAUAUGGGCCAACUAUCUUGUGUGGUAAUUACGGCAACGACGCACUGAGUAGCACUCCUAUUCUCGCCCUUGACUCUAUCAACCGUUCCGGGGCUUCUAGCCUUGACUUCACCUCCAUCGCUGACGGCAAAGUUGUUACACUGAGUGCUUUCUAUGAUGCUCAGGGGUACAAUUAUAACGUAUACUGGGCUACCACAGGAAGUCUCCUCGCUGCAUAG